GCCUUCUUACAGGGAUACAUGGAACGAGAUGCUGGAGCCAAUGGAACAGCUAUUACUGAGUUCAUCCUGCUGGGCCUGGUGGAAACACCCAGCCUGAGACCACUAGUCUUUGUACUUUUCUUCUUUGCCUACCUGGUCACCGUGGGGGGCAACCUCAGCAUCCUGGCUGCCAUCUUAGUGGAGCCCAAACUGCACACCCCCAUGUACUUCUUCCUGGGGAACCUGUCGGUGCUGGAUGUUGGGUGCAUCACCGUCACUGUCCCUGCCAUGUUGAGUCGUCUCCUGUCCCACAGGCGUGCGGUGCCCUAUGGAGCUUGCCUCACCCAACUCUUCUUCUUCCAUCAGUUGGCUGGUGUGGACUGCUUCCUGUUGACAGCCAUGGCCUAUGACCGCUUCCUGGCCAUCUGUCGGCCCCUCACCUACAGCACCCGCAUGAGCCAGGUCGUACAGAGAGUAUUGGUGGCUGUGUCGUGGGCUUGUGCUUUUACCAACGCACUGACUCACACUGUGGCCAUAUCCACACUCCACUUCUGUGGCCCCAAUGUGAUCAACCAUUUCUACUGUGACCUUCCUCAGCUUUUCCAGCUCUCCUGCUCCAGCACCCAACUCAAUGAGCUGCUGCUCUUUGGUCUGGGUAUCCUCAUGGCAGGUGCGCCCGUGGUGCUCAUUGUCACUUCCUACAUCCACGUGGCGGCUGCGGUGUUGCGAAUACGCUCAGCGGAAGGCAGGAAGAAGGCCUUCUCCACAUGUGGCUCCCACCUCACUGUGGUGGGCAUUUUCUAUGGGACAGGUGUCUUCAGCUACAUGAGGCUGGGUUCAGUUGAGGCUUCAGACAAGGACAAGGGGAUUGGCAUCCUGAACACGGUCAUCAGCCCCAUGCUGAACCCACUCAUCUACAGCCUUAGGAACCCUGAUGUUCAGGGGGCCCUGCGGCGGGUUCUUUCGGGAAAACGAGCAUUGGCAUGA